AUGCGAGCCAAUCUUUUUGCACUCGGCACUCUAGCCCUCCCCCUCGCCAGUGCCAAGCCGUGCGAGGGGACGACUCCGGUCUUCCCUCCUCUGGUGGCCACAUAUGACAAGAACUACAUCUCGUGCGCCAACGCCAACUGGCCGCCACCUGGACCAGGGAGCAACACGGGCUCCUUGCUCGAGCCUCAGCGUCCGGACAAGGAACUCCAAGCCGCCCUGGCCGAGGUGUCCGCUGAGCGCAUCAAGGAGACCAUCUCCAAGCUGGUCAGCUUCGGCACACGCCACACCCUCUCCCCACAGAAUGACACCACCCGCGGCAUUGGCGCAGCUAGGAAUUGGAUCGCCGCGGAAUUCGAGCGCUAUGCUGAGGAGUCGGACGGCAGACUGACGGUAGAGACAAACGGAUACAUCCAGCAACCUACCACACGGGUCCCUGAACCCGUCAAGAUCAGUAAUGUGCAGGCCACCCUGGAGGGAACCGAGGACCCGACCCGGUUCUAUCUCACCAUGGGCCACUACGACACGCGAGUGUCUGAUGUGCUGAACUGGUGGGAUGACCAGCCUGGCGCGAACGACGAUGCAUCUGGUGUAGCUGUCGCCAUGGAACUGGCGCGCGUCAUGGCCAAGCACAAGCACCGUGCCUCGCUUGUCUUCGCUGCUGUCGCUGGCGAGGAGCAGGGACUUCUCGGCUCUGGCUUCAUGGCGCAGACAUACCGCAACGAGAGCACGAACAUUGAGGGCGUCCUCAACGUCGACCUCGUAGGUAGCUCAGUCGGCUCGCGGGGUGAGAAGGAGCCUCACACAAUCCGCAUGUUCUGCCAGGGUCCCCCGCUCACGGAAUCCGACGACCAGAUGAGUACAAGGCUGUCGAUUGGUGGCGAGAACGACUCGCCUGCGCGCAAUCUCGGACGCUUCAUCGCCGAGGUGGCCACCAACAAGUACACGGACAUGAAGGUGGCCAUGAUCUACCGUCUGGAUCGCUUCCUCCGCGGUGGCGACCAUCGGUCGUUCCUGGAGGCAGGGUAUGAUGCAGCGGUGCGCUUCACGGAGCCCAACGAGGACUUUAAUCACCAGCACCAGGACACGCGCGUCGAGGACGGUGUCCAGUACGGUGACCUGGAGGAAUUUCUCGACUACGACUUCAUUGCGCGUGUGGCCAGGGUGGACCUGGCGGCCAUGUGGUCCCUCGCGAACGCGCCUGGUCAAGUACAGAACGUGACCAUUGACACGGCCAGCCUGGACAAUGACAGUCGCCUGUCGUGGGCGAAGCUGGACGACGAGGAGGUGGAAGGGUACGAGGUCGUCUGGCGUCCGACGAGCGCGCCUCAGUGGACGCACGCUGUGUUUGUGGGGGAUGUGGCGGAGACGACGGUGGAGCUGUCGAUUGACAAUGUCAUCUUUGGCGUCCGGUCCGUGGGCAAGAAUGGGUAUAAAAGCCCGGCAUCGAUACCGUUUCCUAGCUGA